GCACCGACAAGCAGCACGAGGCUCACCCAGACGGGCAACUGGCCUUCUGCAAUAUACUUCUUUUCACCGGCCGCUGCCUCGCCGCGGUCGCCGACGACAACCUUGGACAGGUCGUGUUGGACCUCCUCCCCCUCCAAACAACUUUGGGCAACAUCUCGACUUGUAUCCCAACGACAUCACACACAACACGCACAACACACAAAAAUGACGCUGCUGCACGCUUCUGCGCGAGCUGGACCCGGGCCGUCGACAUUGGCGAUUGCAUCUCGGCCAAAGCCUGAACGCUCGUCGUCUCUGCCUCACGCUGUCCCUCACCCAGUGUCCCCCAUUUCCAUCCUCCGCAAACCCUCUCUCCCAACAAUAUCGGCAUCGGCGCUGGCGCCAGCCGCCUCCUCGGCCCUCCCGACGCCCACAACAACAUCAUCCUCCUCAAUGCCGCCAACACCCAGCGGCCUCUCUUUCCCUCCCCUUCCUCCGCUCCCACCAUACCCUCUCGUCUCGUCGGCCAAGCCUCAGCGUAAGAGUGCCCCUCCGACAUCGCCGCCGUCAAGACCAUCAGAUGGCGGCGGCCGCGUCAAGACGCGUCGGUCCAGAGUGUCCUUUCGCGAGGAGGUCGACGUUGCCGCCCCCGCCGAUCUCCAGAAGCAUCGCCCUCAAUCGGUCCAGCCCACGCCGCCUGCUCGGCCUGCUUCUGCCGCUGCCGGCUCCUUAUCCGGCUCACCUGCCCAGGCUCGCCGCCCGUCUGCCGAUGGUGACCUCCGCAAGAUGCCAAGACCGGCAUUGAAGCGGGUCGCCUCGUCGUCACUCAUGAUCACGCGGCCCGUCUCGGCCAACGACUUUGACUUCCGUCCACAGACACUCCGGUAUCCCCGCCUGUCGCCAGCCCUUGCGCGGUUGUCCGACAGCUCGUUCAACGCCGCCGAUGUUUGGGACAGCAACAAGGCGUCGCGGACGGUCAAGCGGAGCUCGGCCAGCGCGGUCCCUUCCACCGUGUCGAGCAUGACCUCGUCGUCGUCUUCAUCUUCGUCGUCAACAUCGUCGCCAGUGGCAACGCAAGACCACCGCGGUGCCCCAGUGCACGUUACUACCCCGAGUGUCACAGCUACGCCGCCGGCGCGCAAGAGCCGCAAGCCACGGUCGCCCGUCCCCUCGUGGGGUUCGACAUGCCCGUCUCUCAUUUCUUCGAGUCACCGUGCGUCGCUGGCCUCGACCCUCACGGCGCCGUCCAUGACUUCGUUGCUGCUGUCGCCGCCAUCGCCAGGCGGUGACCGCACUGCGUCUUUCCCGGACGACAUCUACUCGUCCCCGCGCACCUCUCCCAUGGUGUUUGCGCAUGAUGCAGACGCUCCCGAGCUCCCCGAAAUGCCCGACCUCGCCACAUUGUCCAAGUACCAGCAGUCUGCGGAUUCAUCCGACUACACACAGGUCGUCUCGACGUCGUCAAUGUCACAACCAUCCAAACUUCGUCUUCAGCCUGCACCCCGAGUUCGCCGUCGCGAGCCGUCGUCGACUUCUACCACACCAACCGACUCGCCUGCCACAAAGACCCGCGCAACAGAGCGUCUGCUUCGUCUGCAAAGCUCGCUUGCCGACCUUCGCAUGCAGCGCCAGUCCGACUCGCCGGCGCCCCCGCCGCUCCCUCGCACUAGCAAGGCGCCCCCUAGCCCCACGGUGGCCGAACUUGCGCACGCGACCCCACGCAAGGCUGAGUGGUCGUCGUACCGCGAACCAGAGGAGUCUGACUCUGAGAGCGACCUCGACCUCAGCCUGCCCUUGCUCAACGCGGCAUUGCGCUCGCACGUGAUUCCGUCAUCGUCGCGUCUUCUGGUUCAGUCGUCGUCCCACAAGGCCAAGUCGGUCGACGGCGAGGCGGAUACGUCCCUGGGCUGGAGCGGAAGCGAGAGCGAAGAGGAAGAAUUUUCCCGCACAGUCGCCCGGAUUACCCUUCGCAAGGCUGCCGCCGGGACUAGCGCCGUGCCUCCUCCCGCCAGCCGCCGUCUGCUCAAGCGUCCCUCGCUUCCUGUAGGCCGCCUGCACCGCUUCUCUCAGCUGUCUCCGCCCUCCGACUCGUCCACGGGCCCGACUACGCCCCGUCCCUCGAGCGCCAUGAGCAGCACGGGAAGGUCGGCGUCGGGCACUGCUGCGAUGCUGUCGGCGCUCGUCGAGAGCAAGUAUGGCACGACCGAGGCGCUGCCCCGCCCCAAGCGAUUCGUCGAGGGCUGGGGCGCGCCCGAGGUGCUGCACGACGACGACUGGCCGCCCGAUGGCGUCGAGGAGGUCGAGGAGGAGGACGACGAGAUGCCUAUGCCGCGGGCCGCCAUGCUGCGCCCCGUCUCUACUGCCGCCUAGGCAGUUGCCAUGUCCUUGUACUACCCACUAAACAUCUGUACCUGUUUUUCCUGUCGUUCGGCUGAGCUGAACGCUACUGUGAUUGUAUGCAAAUUGCGCGAGCCCGAG